AUGUGCCAUUGGGCACGGAGCCAUUCCUUGUUCACAUCAUGCUGUGAUGAGGGCCUUCGACGAUGGGGAGUCGAAAGUGACGAGGCGGAAGAUUUCCGCGUGAACCACUUGCGUGCAAGAGCACUCAAGGUGCAGGCAAGAAUGAAGGGACAUCAGUUGGGAGCAGUGGGCACGAUUCAGAGAAGACUUGCCGGAGAUGACGACAAUGAUACAAACUCAACCGAAGAUGAGUCUGAGGAUGUUGAAGCUGUUGACACCGUGGAAAGGCUCAUUCUGGGUCUCUCGCUCAACGGUGUCCGGCCACUUUGCAGGGUCGCGGAAGGCUGCGGCUUAAACUUGACGGAUGAGUCUACGGCACUGGUGACUUCCGUGACCCCCCGCAAUGGCUCCUAUUCCGACGGAGUCGUUGUCACGAUCACCUUGACUAGCAUGCACAUGCCAAGCAAUUUGCAGGUUUUCUUUGGUGAGCACGAGUGUCCAAAUCCCAGCGUUAGUGCUGGGCGGCACCACGGCAUGUGGGUGGUGACCGUACCUCUUUGUGCCUUCGAAGCUUCUGAUGUGCCCGUGUAUGUCUUGACAGGCGCUGGGUAUGCAAUUGGAGCAUCGCCCCACACUGGUGCAAGCUUCCUUUUCCAGCAGUUCCUACAACUGUUUUCCAUCAUGCCCGGCAACGGCUCGUUCUUCGGUGGGACUGUCGCCAACAUCACCGGUGCCGGAUUUGGCCCGACCCCAUCCACGAACGUGGCGACAAUCGGCAAGGUGCCAUGUGAGAUCUUCGAAGCUUCUCACCAUCAUGUCUUGUGCUAUGUGCCAGCAGCGCCGUCUGAGCUCAUGGACGCGGAUGAUACUGGAAGGACACAGGAAGUGAAGCUUCAUGUAGUAACACCGGCGCAGCCCCAACAAGCGGGGUUGUGGGGCGAGUACUUCUUCUUCAACCAGGGCAGCACAAUCCCGAACUUGAAUGACCGCAUCCCUGAUGUAGAACGUGUGGACAUGACGAUCAACUUUGAGGACUCAAACGUCGCGUGGGAGGGCCUGCCAUCUGCGAACGACUAUGCAGCCCGGUGGACUGGUUACUUGAGAAUCCAGGUCACAGGCUUCUACACAUUCUACUUGAGCUCGGAUGAUGGCAGCAACAUGUACCUGGACGGUGCCCUGGUUGUCGAUAACGAUGGUCUUCAUGGAUUCAGAGAGCGUAGUUCCAUCGAGAUGGUACUGCAGGGCGGCAGUAUGCAUGCACUCACAGUCUUGUUCUUUGAGAAUGGCGGCAAUGCUGGUUGCGUGUUCAAGUACCGAGGCCCAGACACAGGUGGUCAGAAAAUUGUCGUGCCAGCAAGUGUCCUAAGUCAUGCGAGGUAUCGGGACGCGCCAGUGCUUUCCUACCUGUACGAUCGCCCCGUCCUUGCACCCACCAUCGAGAACCUCACAGAAUCCUCUCCGUCUGAGUUGAUUCUGGAGGGCUGGAACUUUGGUACGUCUGGGAAGGUGGCGAUUGGAACGGCAAGUAAUCCAGAUGCCAAUUUCCAGUGUGUGCCGACAAGCUGGACGGAAGGAAGGGUUGCCUGCAAUCGUCCAGAGCUACCCUCCGGCUCUUGGCAGGUUCGGUUGUACUCUGACAUGGAUGGCUGGUCCAACCCGGCACCAUACCUUCUUUGGGUGGUGCUGAACGUCUCAAGUGUUGAGGCAAAUGACAACUCGGUGGCUACAGAUUCCGCUGAGGAGCCCUGGGUGCUCAUCAUGAAGCUUGCUGAUGGGGGCAUUCUUGGAUAUGAUUCGGAGCUUUGGGGCAACGUGGAGCUCCUGAACGAGAACUCGCCCGAGGGGGAGCCAGUGAAUGCCAAAUACCAGCACUACCUGGAUGUGCCUUUCACACGGCUGCGCGCCUGUGUUGGCAGUGCACAUGGUCACUGCGUGCAUCACAAGUUCGACACUGCCUGGUCUAGUGCCCUGGAGCUGUUCUCAGCAGGCUACGUGCGUGACCACACCGUGGACCAAGCUGGCAUGAUUCAGGCUCUCGGUGCGAAACCCGGGAGCUACCGAAGCUGCCCAAUGCUUAUGCCUGGCUUCAAUGUGAUCUGUCAACACAACAACAAGGCACGCUGGGGUUUCUGUGCAAACUGCCCAAGCAAAACUUGCCGUGAUGAGUCUGAAGCAGACGCUGCCAUUGGAAUCGGCCUCCGUGGGGAGGGCUCAAGUGCAGUCGGCGCUGGCUGGACCGACUACUUUGCCCCGGGAGCUGGUACAUGUUCCGCUGACAGUGAGACAUCUCGGAAUGUGUGGCUUUGGGUUGCGAACACCAGCGCCACUCCGUCAGGAGUCCUGCACAGCGGCUUUGGUGGCGGUGUGAAUCUAACCAUUCAUGGGACUGGACUGGGCUUUGCUCCCGCGCAGACCAAGAUGUCAGUGUGUGGUGAGGAUUGUCCGGUGCUGACAAGCGAUGGCUCCUCUGCUACUUGUAAAGUGCCUGCAAUGACGAACAUUGACUUAGUGGAUGCACAGCCAGAUGCCUUUCCAACAGUUGACUUGGCACCAUACGCUGCGAAGUUUUACACAGAUCAGGGCGAAGCAGAGUCUUCCUAUGCCCGCUUGGCCUUCACAUCGAGUGCAGAUAGACAGGUGGAUCUGCCGAACACACGCAGCAGCUGCUGGUUUGGCUUUGAGCUGCCUCCAAGUAAAGAAGCCAUCAUCACGGCAGUUGACUUCCACCCACCGACGGAUCCGUACCGGAGGCAGAAGGUGGUGGAGACGGUGUUCGAGAUGCGUAGCUUCUCUGGCAACCUGUCCUGGGAGGAGAUUGGCAGCGUGCGAGAUACUGUUCAGACAGGCCUUUCCAUCGCACAAGGCUGGACUUCCUACCCGGUGGUUGGAUCUGGGCCGAAUGGCACUGCUGUAGGUCAGGCCUUUCGAGUGCGCAUCCUUCCGAAUGCCUGCAGCUCGUCUGGAGAGCUGAUGAGAGGCGUGCGCUUCCGCGGCAUCGUGUUAAACACUGGCAAUGCCAGUGCUUGCCCCAUCGAAGUGGAGCACGUCUCACACCCGCUGGCUUCUUCUACAGGUGGAUCUGCAUGGCUUCCAGCACAACUAUCCUACAGCCUGGAACGGACACCCAUCGUGUCAUCCCUGACUCCACAGCGUGGCACGGCUCGUGGUGACACGUUGGUGACACUUCUGGGUGAAGGGCUCGAGCCUCUGGAUUCAGCAGGGUCACCCGUGUCAGUCACCUCAGAGAAUGCACAGAUAAUGCUAAACACGUACGCCUGUCUCCCGCUGGAGAACAACAUGUCUGCAUUGAGCUGCAUCACGACGGAGCGAAACAACGGCAUCCAGGCACCCUCAACGGUGCUGUGGUUAGCCGGCAAAGGCUAUGCCAUCAUCUCAGAAAGAGCUGAGGACACUGUCUUCAGGUAUGUUGACAGGUGGAGCAAUGUAUACAGUUGGCUAGAGUCAGAACCACCUGUUGAUGGUGACAGCGUCGUCGUCCCCGAAGGCCAAGCCAUCAUGCUGGAUCAGGACUCGCCGCAACUUUUCUUGCUGCUGAUCAGUGGUUACUUCGAGUUUGACCGAAAGGAUCUGAAACUAGAUGCCACCUACAUCUGGAUUUCUGGCGGGACUUUCUGGGUCGGCAGUGAAGAAGCACCAUUUCUCCACCAGGCCACGAUUACCCUGCAUGGAGAUCGCUGGCACACCAUUGAGCUUCCCGUCAUCGGCUCCAAGAUGCUGGCAGUCACGGAUCUGGGAGGAUUGGGAACCUGCGGUCACAGCCAUGGCACGACCGUGCGCUUGUCUGCACGAGGGAAGCACUAUGCGGAUCCUUGCCCGGUGAAGUUGGUCGGAAGGAUGGAGCUUCAUGGAAAGCCUGGCGUUUCCUGGACGCGGCUGGUGGAGACGGCAAGUGCAGGUUCCACAUUGUUGAGGCUCGAGGAGCCUGUCGACUGGGAAGUGGGGACGGACAUGAUCAUCACGCCGUCCAACAGGGGCCAAGAUGAGGUUCGUGCGGUGAAGAGCCUUCAGGAUGACGGCUACACUGUGGAGCUGGACAGCCCCUUGAGAUUCGAGCACUUGGGAAUCUGGUAUUUUAACGAUGAGAUUCCCACCCCGACAGAUCUUCGUGCUGCAGUGGGGCGGCUGAAUCGGAAUGUCAAGGUGCAGGGUGAUGAGAGAUCUCUCCGGCUGGGAAAUGCUUACAUGUUUGGAGUCCAUGUCGGUGCCUUCCAUGGUGGAGUCAUGCGAAUCGAGAACACUGAGAUAACCCGCUCUGGUCAGGCAGCCAACUUUGGACGCUACUCAUCCCACUGGCACGCCCUGUCACCACACAGAACAGUCGACGUCGUGGACAUUGCUUACCUGCGCAACAACUCCUACCACGAGACCUUCCAGCGAGCAGUGGUUGUGCACUCCACCGAUUUUGCGCUUGUAGAGCACAACGUGGCCUGGAAGACGAAGGGCCAUUCAUAUUUCACCGAGGCUGGUGACGAGGUCUUCGCAAACUUCUAUCACAACCUGGCAGUGCAUCCAUUGCAGCACCCCCUGCUUCUUGACGAUGACAUGGACCCUGCCGGCUUCUGGCUGCCUGGAUUUACUGGCUGGUCCUGCCGCCAUGCAACGAUGUUUGCAUUGCUGGUGCCAGCAGUCGGUGGGGUCGAUCCUGCCUCGGUACCCGUGCUUUCUCUUCUUGGGCAAGGUGGCAAGAUGCCUAUGUCUGGAGUUGGCUUAUGUUGUCGAUCCUCCGCGCGUGGUGAUGCUGCGCGACAGGGUGUUCUUGACUUCCUCUUGCAAGGCGGGCGGCAUUUGGACACCGCACAGAUUUAUGGCAACCACAAGGAAGUUGGUGAAGGCAUUCGACAGGCCUUGGAACGUGGAGUUCCCAGAGAGGAGAUAUUCCUCACCACGAAGAUCUAUCCAAAUGAUUUUGGAUGGGAGAGGACGGUGGCCUGGGUCCCGCAGAUGCUCGAUGAGCUAGGCCUUCAGUAUGUCGAUCUGAUCUUGCUGCACUUCGCAAGUGCAGAGGCCCUGAAGGACUGCGGCACGCCAAAGCAAUGUCGCCAAGAGACCUGGCUCGCGCUGCAGCGGUUCCAGAGCCAGGGCCAAGUCCGAGCUCUUGGUGUCAGCAACUUCGGGCCGCGACAGAUGCAGGAGCUGAUUGCUUUGGGUGGAGCGCCGGUGGCUGUCAAUCAGCUGGAGUAUCACCCCUGGGUGCCACAGGUCCAUCGAGAAACCGUUGACUGGUGCCACAGGAACGGCGUAGUUGUCACAGCCUAUGGCUCCAUGGGCAGCACCUCCUAUGCUCCGCAGAUCAUCAGCCAGGGAGCUCUCCAGCAAAUCGGAGAGUGGCAUGGCAAGACUGCUGGGCAGGUGCUUUUGCGAUGGGCAGUACAGCAUAAUGUCAGUGUCAUUCCUGGCACCUCAAAUCCAAAGCAUCAAGCAGAGAACUUACAAAUUUUUGACUUCGAGCUUGGCAGUCAGGAGAUGGCUCUGCUCGACAGCAUUCCGGAAAGUGAGCGGAUGCUUCACUUCGGUCAUACGCCCGAUGUGCUCGAGCACCGGUCGAAUUUGGCUGCAGGCUGCCACCGCGGCUGGCGUGUGCGGCUGAUUGGAGGCGUCGCCGGGCAACAGACCGACUUGACGUUCUUCAACAACUCGGCACAUGCGAGUGGAUUUGGAUGGCACCUGAAACCACCUCAUGCACCGCCCACCCUGAACGUGUUCCAGAACUUUACAGCUUUCCGGUGCUCCACGGGCAUGUUCUACUAUGGCACGGGAAACAUCUUCCACGAUGAUCACAGGUUCAUUGAGUGCGGGACCGGUCAUUUCAUGAACCAUCUCAGUAAUGGGCCACACACGGCGCCUUUCUACCACAACCUGGUUUUGGUUGGCAAUAUCAACCAGGAUGCUACCUUCUCACGCGGCGGAGUCGGCAUAAGAGGACCAAAAGACAAUGAGUAUUUCUAUGUUUCUGGGCUGACGGUCAUAAACUAUUUCACGUCCGCUGUGCUCCAUGGCUGCUUCGAGACCACCUGCACAAUGAGGUACGAGCGCAUCCAAUGGUUCAACUCUACCAGGAGAACCUUCAACUAUGCUGCGCAGUCUGGCAUCUUUUGGGAUAUGGAUGGAACGCUGACUGGAUACCCCAAUGGCUUCGUCUCUUUGGACUAUGAGUACAACCAUUGGCCGGGAAUUUGUUCUGUCGUUCCCGAGCAUGUAAAUGGUGUUAUGUGCGGUGCCUCAGACGGCUCGGUGCGAAUGAGACGUUUGUUGGUGAACGAGCAGCAGCCUUGGCAGCUGGAUGGCAAAGACAUGAGGGUUCGAACCUCUGCCGGGUUCGAUCAUGUGAAGUACGACACGAAGAAGCUCAGUGGAUGGCCAGUCGUUGUGGUUGAGAAUGAGACGUUUGACAUGCGUGUCGACGACCCCAAUGAUUUCCAAGAAUUGUCUUUCCUGUACUCCACGCGUCCAUAUGUGAUGGAGGAACUUGGGUACAUCUACAACAAGACCACGCCCAAGGACGAAGCCAUUAUUGUUCACGUGAACUUCACUGACUGGCGGGAUCACUUUGAUGCCUCGGCGUCAACCGCGCGUCGACUGGACCGCAUGCCGACGAGAGAUGACCCAUUCGGCUCGCACUCCAUGAUGCUGUGGCAAGACGAGUGUGAUGAGUUCAACCUGACGGACGAGGUCUCAGACAAGUGUGGUGUUUACGUGAAUGACACCGGGCUGGCGUUGAAGGCAGAGAUCGACAGCCAACCCACUGUGGACAUGGUGCAUGGCCGCCUGACGACAGUCUUCACAAUGAAGGUGGAGGAGGGCACCCCGAGCGGCUCGUUUAGGAACAAGUUCUUUCCUCGGGAGUGUCCCAAGAGCGGCUGUCCGCAGCCGGACAUCGUGGGACCAGGAGGAUUGAAGCCCAUCAGGCGCUGGUCGGAUGCCGCAGGCUGGCCUGAUGGAAAGUUGCCUGUGGAGAUGGAUAACGUCGUUCUGCCGCCAGAUGACAACGUCCUGCUGGACAUCGAGACGCCAAAGCUGCAUUGGCUGGAUGUUCAAGGACGGCUGGAGUUCGACCGAACCGUGAACACAACCCUGCACGCCCACUCCGUUAAGGUUUGGGGCAUCUUCGAGAUGGGCACGGCGGCCGACCCCAUACCGCCGGGCGUCAAAGCAGAGGUUGUUCUGUGGGGUGAUGAGCAGUCGAUCACCGUCAUCAUGGUGGAAGGCCUUUUCCUGGUCAACAAGGUCAUUGCGGUGCUUGGCCAAUUCUCAGCCGUUGGAAGUACGAGCUUUCAGAGCCAGGCCUGGACGCGGCUCGCUACGACUGCUUCUGAAGGUGACGCGGAAAUUACGAUCCGGGGGGACCAAAGCGAUUGGCCGGUUGGCUCACAGAUCGCGAUCUCGGCAACGGAGUUCCCACAGCCUCCAGCUACAACCGAGACCGAGGUGCGACAAAUCGCCAGCAAACCGGUGUAUGAUGCCGUGGCGGACACAACCACGCUCACCUUGAGCGCGAACCUGACCUUCCGCCAUUUCGCCGGAGUGGUGGAUAGCAGCGCAGAGAACACCCAGUGGUCUCGACCCGUGCUGGCAGCUGCGGUGGCACUUCUGGAUGGUCGAUCCAACGUCGUCCUGCGGACAGGAGAGGCAGACACAGAUCACGGAGGCGAGCUUGUCAUCGCUGGAUCGUCAGAUGGCAGAUGGGAGGGUGUUGCCAACGUGAGCAAUGUAGACUUCGUCAGGAUGGGAAAGCACCUCUACCAGGCUCCCGCUUUGAAGUUCAAUUUCUUGGGGGGACAGCAAAACAUGUCCAGCGUGGAGAACUGCGUGUUCAGCCACUCGCAGUCCGGCGCGAUCGAGGCCAACCACGUGUCAAACUUACAGAUUGUGCAGAACGUGUUCCACAGGACAUUCCGAAGCGCCGUGUGGCUGCGUGACACAUGCCGACAUGACUCGAUUGUGCUGCGCAAGAAUGUCGCCAUUGAGACCUUCCGGCAUCCGCGGGAGAGCCGAGACUGGAUCCGGCAGUUUGGUGCCUACUUCCUGGAGGUCCGUCCAGGAGAGCUGGUGGGAAACAUUGCCGCAGGCUCCACGGACAGCGGCUUUAUCCUCCGCCCGCAGCUUCGCUCUUGUCAGAAAGGCGACGUGGGCACACCGAAGUUGCAGCAGGACGAAAUGAACGAGGCGGUGGCCACGAUGACUGGAAUGUUCAUCCUGUCAGGCUGCCAGGGCACCUGCAACGAGUGCGCCCAGAUCCAUGGCCUUGUGGCUUGGAAGAAUGCACAUGCAGGCAUUAUCACGGCAGAACAGACGGCUAACGUCAGGUUGGACACAGUCCUCGUCAGCGACAACCACAUCGGAGUCUGA